UCUGAGGGAGGCUGUCGGCUGAGCGGGUCCGGGCCGACGCGCACCGGGCCGGGCAGGAUGUCGCGCCAGGCCGGUCGGGGCACCGAGAGCAAGAAAAUGAGCUCGGAGCUCUUCACUCUGACCUAUGGAGCUUUGGUCACUCAGCUGUGUAAGGACUAUGAGAACGACGAAGAUGUCAAUAAACAGCUUGACAAAAUGGGCUACAACAUUGGAGUUCGAUUAAUAGAAGAUUUUCUGGCCCGGUCCAAUGUAGGAAGAUGCCAUGACUUCCGGGAAACUGCAGAUGUAAUUGCAAAGGUGGCAUUUAAAAUGUAUCUGGGCAUCACCCCGAGCAUCACCAACUGGAGCCCAGCAGGCGAUGAGUUCUCCCUCAUCUUGGAAAAUAACCCUCUGGUGGACUUUGUGGAGCUGCCUGAUAACCACUCAUCUCUUAUUUACUCCAACCUCUUGUGUGGGGUGCUGCGAGGAGCCCUGGAAAUGGUUCAGAUGGCCGUGGACGUGAAAUUUGUCCAGGAUACGUUGAAAGGAGAUGGCGUCACAGAAAUACGGAUGAAGUUUGUUAGGCGGAUUGAAGACAAUCUCCCGGCUGGAGAGGAGUGAGCCACAGCGCAAUCUCCCCAAGGGACUGGAGGGACCAGCUGCUGUGGCCUAUAGCUCGUCAUGGACUCGUAGGGAUUUAGUGCCCCCUUUAAAUUCCAACUCCUAAAGACUCACUGACUGUUUACGUUGUUACAUUUCCAUUUUCCAUAUAAGACAACUCUCUGGGUUACUCUACUUAUCCCACAGGUUCACUCUAAAGAUUUUCAUAGGGUGGAUAACUUUUUCAUACGACCCACAGAGACUCUUUCUACACUCAGUUUUUAGCUGGAUAUUCAGCUGUGGGCAAAGUUUGUUCCUUAAACGCUAAAAGAUCUCCAGGCGGUUCAAGUAUGGGACUGAGUUUCAUAACCAAAAGAGAACCCACCACGGGAGCUGCUUUCUUCUUGAGACACAUGCAUUGCUCCCACUGAUGCUUGUGAAGGCUAUGCUAGGCUUGCAGAUGGAGGGGGUGACGCAUGUGACUGACUGGCUAACACAUGUAUGUAGCAGCAAAGAAUGAAGCCUAUAAAGUGAAAGGAAUGGAAGCGCCUAAUGGAGCACACAGUAGGUCCUACUCUCUCCAGUUGUCUCUUCUUACUGAGGACACAGUGUCUGUAGUUAAAACUCUGCAAUAGGCUCAUGGAGUGAAAAAGUGAUGGCAGAGCACUUCAGACAAGCCCUUUUUAUCCAAAAUAAAGUUUGGGGGCUUUUCAGUGCAAAUGAUCUGCUUCCAUUUGGGGUAAUGGUGUUCUUGGGUGAGAGGGGUUUGGUGGCAAAGCGAACUUCUGGUUUGUCAGGGACUGUAUUUGAGGGUCAGCAGCAUCAGGCUCUUAGUUCAUUUAGCAGAACAGAAUUUCAGUUGCCAUAUUAGAACACCGAGGCUCUCACUUUUGCACUAAUCCUAUGAACAUUUCCAGUCUCUGCUGAAAAAAAUAGCCCUGGUUAGCUUGCUAUGAAUAUUUGGUCUGAAACAUUUGUUAUUAAAUAUUGUUCUCCAAAAUAUACACUGAGAUACGCACUGAUCUCAGUUUCUUACUCAAGGCAAACUACUCAUAACUAAUUCUGAGUUUAAUAGUUAAAUACACAUAAAAUUAAAACCUCAUUAUCUUAAGGAUUAGACAGGGAAGGCUGCCUUAGAGUGUAGUAUCCUAACAGGAGGCUGGGCGCCUUCCUUCAGAGGAAAAUGGUAUAAAGAUGAAGAGCAUAACCAGCAUCUCAGGAGAUUCAAAUUACCUGCUUCCUUCUUUUUGGAGGCAAGAAUUUUCAGUUUUUCUCCCACAACAAUGCUGCUAGGAGCCGAUCCCGUGGAACAGUCUUGUCUGGGUAUAUUGUGCUAUGGUGGUGGUCUGACUCUGUUAUGUGAUAAGGUUCUUAGGGGGACAAGUAAAUUGCAUUAUAAUGCCCUGAUUAUUUUUAAUAGAAAAAAUAAAUGACAGUGGCUGAAAUGCAUUCAGCAUUUCAUAGUGUACACAGCCUGGAUUUUAUUUCCACUGUCUGACAAAAUCUAGAUAUCAAAUCUAAACAGUACAACGUACUAAAUGCAUUUCAGCCAAUGUAAUUCCACUUUUCUGCUAUGAUGUAGAAAUACUCUGCAGUGUGAAAUGGGACUUUGGUACUUUCUGUUGUGCAUAGUUAGAUUAAAACAGAGGUUUCCACAUUAUUUUAAUUGGUAAGGUACAGCAAUUUAUAUCCUCUGCUCUUGUUUAGAAUAACUAAAUGAAUUGAAGUAGUGGUACUGGGUCUAAGAUAAACCAAGAGGCUGGAAAAUUCACCCCCUUUGACACUUUAUUCAAAUGGAAAAUUCAAUUGAACAUUGCAAAGUGCUUGGAGGAUGAAAAGCAUUUAAGUGCAACGUUGUGAGAGACAAAUUUUAACAGGCAUUUUCAAAAUGAACCCCUCUGGGACAUGAGUUGUGACUACCUUAAUGUCAGCCUUAGCCAGGAAGUUGUGGACUGGACUGUGCAGACAAAUGUCCCCUUUUAUCUGUAGUGGGGGGAUGUCUCCAAGUUGAAGAUGAGCACACACUGAAAGAUGGUGUGAGUGAAGCUUGAGCUGCUGCCACCUCUGCUGUAUCUGUGCUAGGGAUAGACACUGCAAAUCUGUCGCCUUUCACUAGCCUGAAAUGCCCUUUAGUCCACUUCUGUAAAAUCCUUUGCUGGGUACGUCUGUGACCGUGAAAAGCUCCCCCAUCUGAGUCAGAAUUUACCUUGGAGUUCAGUGCAAUUACAACUCUGAGCAAAUCCUGCCUCUUUCACUUGAUUCCUGAGGGCAAAGGUAGGUAUGGUUAUGAAGUGAACUACAGUCACCAAGUUCAUUUCACCCAGUCAGUGAGUGGGGUGCAGAAGGGUUUGAAACGGAACUGUCUAGAUUGUGAAUGUUCUUAUUAUGUAUUGGUCCAUCUACUGUCUUAUUUAUAUCCCUCUGUGGGAUGCCAGUUCCAGUUUUGAACGUUGAGCUGUCUGGAAUGUCACCCAUUGUGGAAUUCCUGCCUCACCCGAAUGAAUUCCGAUAGCUACAGGAAUUGAAUGCCCAAAAUAGUAUCUUGCAAUUCUCCCUUAAGGGGGCAGUAAGAGUCUAUAUUUAAAGAGUUGCAUUGACAGAGCUGAUGGCUCUGUGUGUGUGUUGGGUGUACAAUUGCAGUGUGGUGUUUCAAAGAUGUGUAAGGAUUACUCAUUUGUUUCCCUUUAUUGGUCCUUGUAAACCAUUUUAAGGCUGCAUUUUAAAAGCCAUUACAUUAAAAAACAUCCCAAUGAUGA